ACUCGAAAAGUCUGUCAGUCUGAUCGAAAGUCUCGCCGACGCGUCGGUGUGCCAGUCACAUUCCCUUUUCAGGCGUUCCGCAGCAACUAAAUGCAAUAGCUUGGAAACGAAACGCUUCUGUUGAAUUUGAAACGUUAAAGUGUUCGGUGGUGCGCAGUUGGGUAAUUUUUUUGUGAAGCAGCUGGCUACCGACGGCAAAACAAGCGAAUGGAAAACAAAGCAUUAACGUGUAACAAAGUGACUUGAAAAUAAACAAUAGCAUUCUCUGCUACAAAUUGGCGCUUGGCCAAGCAGACAGAUUUUUUAAAGUUUUUAGCAAACAACAACAACAACUAAAAAGUGUCUUCUUCCACUCAUAUGUAUGUGUAAGUGUUUGGGUGAAUAGCGCGCGCAGCCGAAAACAACAAUUUAAGAUAUUUAGCCUAUGCGACUCUGUGUUUGUGUGUGUAAAUGUGCUCUUCUGCUUUUUUGUUUUGCAACAACGUUGAUGUCAGCGGCGACAUUUGCACGCAUAGCACAACGUUGGGCACAGUGGGUCGCACACUGGUGAACGAGGCAAACAAUUUUUGGAAUCAUCAUGUAUGGCACGUGUGAUAAGCUAAUGAACCACUGUGCGAGAACAAAAUAAAAUGGAAAUGAAACGAGUAGCAACAACAAGCAGGCAGGAAGUGUGAACGUGAAACGUUUGUGAAGAGAUUAAAGUGCGCACAACAGUGCGUAUGAUUGAUAUCAUAAAAAGCAGAAAUUACGCGUAAAAUGCCAAAUGCAAACGUGUGAAAAGUUGAAAAUGAAAAGAAAAAAAUAACAAUAACUAAAUGAAAUCGUAUUGUGUAUUCUCUAUAAAUAUUAAGCAUAAAGUCUCUGAAAAGAAAAUUGUGCACAAGUCAAAGAAAACCAAAGUUUAAAAUAAUGGAAAAUACAAGGAGCGUAAGUCCGCGUGAUUGUCGCGUCACCAGAUCAGGCAUGACGCCUACACGACGCCCACAACAGAGUCCUAGACGACAGCAACAACAGCAGCAGCAACAACAACAACAACAACAACAACAGCAGCAACAAAUAGGCGAACAAGCAGCAUGCGAUGAACAACAAAUUAAUCAAACUAAAACCAAAACAGCAACAGCUCCGCCAGGUGGAGCUAAAGUGAAAACAACGGCUGCUCAGCAGCAGCAUCAACAACAACAGCAGCAGCAACAUCAGUUUCGUGCGCCCGCACAGCAGCAGCAAGGCGGCAAGCAAAAGAGCAACAACAACAACAACAGCAGCAGCAACAGCAGUAGCAACAACAACAACAGCAGCAGCGGCAGCGGCAGCGGAAACAAGGCGUGGAGCAAACGCCAGCAUAAAACUGGCGGUAAAUACAACGCCAGCGCAUGUGUCGGCGCUAAUGCGCAGCAACAUCAUCACCAUCAGCAUCAUCAUCAUCAUCAUGCCAAUGGCAGUGGCUCUGCCGCGGCUGCUGCUGCUGGCGGCGUCGGCGCUAACGUUGGCGCUGCAGCGGCUGCCAGUGCUGCGGCUGCUGCUCACAAAGCGGAUCUGGAGAACAUACAGCACAAUAAGAAUCAAAUUGCUGCACAUGCUCAUGGCGGCCCGCAUCAUCUCAACGCUUCACAUCACAGCGGUGGAGGCGGCGUUGGCGUUGGCGGCGCCAGUGGUGCUGGUGGUGCUAACAACAGCAAUCAUCAUCAUCAUAGUCACAAUACGCGACUGGCACAGAUUGCGGCCGCCGCUGUGGGCAAUAUACCGCAAAUGGAUUCAAAAUUGGGACAUGGCGGUCAUGGUCUGAAAGGACAGCAGCAAAUGUACAAGAAGAUGCUGUCCCAUAGAGGUCAUCACCAUGUGCUGUGCGCUGGCAACAAUGCGAAUCACACUUGCUGCCUGGUCACAGGUUGCAACGGCAGUGUUGCCUCGGGCGGUGGUGGCGGGGGAAAGGACAAGCAAAGUAACGCAGACACCAGCUCACUCAGCGGGAACAGCAGCAUUAUUUCCAGCAAUGCCGCAGCGGCGGCAAAUUCUGUGCACUACUGCUGUGGCAGGUCCAAGUUCUUCUUGCCGGAGAAGCGACUGCGCAAAGAGGUGAUAGUGCCGCCAACAAAGUUUCUGCUGGGUGGCAACAUCUCGGAUCCGCUGAAUCUGAACUCAUUGCAAAAUGAGAAUACAUCGAAUGCCUCGUCGAGCAACAAUACGCCGGCAACAACGCCGCGGCAAUCGCCGAUAACAACGCCGCCCAAGGUGGAAGUGAUAAUACCACCAAAUAUUCACGAUCCGCUGCAUUUGCUCGAUCCAGUGGACUCUAUGGAGUACGAGAAGCAGCUCACUUCGCCCAUGAAGCGUGGCGGCGUGCUGACACGCAACAGCCAUUUGAAGCUGCAGCAGCAGCAACAACAGAUGCACUAUCGACAGCACAGACCGCGCAAGAAUCGCAAGAGGAGGCGUUUCGAUUCCAAUAAUACCUCCUAUGGUACGGACGAUGGCAAAAGCGCUGCUGAGCUGGGCGCUGAGCCGUCGACGCUUUCCAUUUCACUUGGUGAUGUGCCAGCUGCAGCUGCAGCGACAGCAGCCAUAAUAACGACAGGAACGACAACAACAACAACAGCAGCAGCCGCUGCCGCAGCAGCGACAGCAUCAAUUGAAGCAGCAGCAACAACUGUGGCCGCAGCCGCAACAAGAGCAGAAACAAUUGAAAUCACAGUUGAUGAAAGCAGCGGCGCAUUAAUAGCAAACACAACAAGUUUACCGUUAUUGUCGGCAGCCUCGCCUGUGCUUGCGCCACUGAGUGCUGCGCUGCUAAGCGAAGCUGCAGCCUCUGCUUCAAUGGAACUUAUGGAAUUGGGCCAGCAGCCAGCGGGAGCGCAUACUCUGCGCUCUCGCUCGCCGCAAGCAGCAACCACUGCCGCCGUCGCAGCCGAGGUAGAGGAAGCGCUGCCUGCAUUGUUGGUUGCCGGCGCACAAACGCACCCGAUGCAACAAAUGGAAUGUAACAUGAGCAUGGCAGCUGGCAUGCCAUCAACAGCAGCAGCAGCACCAGCCGUAGCCACACUACAACAACAACAACAACUGCAACAGCAACUGCAACAGCAACAGCAACAUGUGGCCAUAAUUGCCGAUAACAACAAUGUAUCAUUAAGCUCCGCUGCUAGCGGUAUUAGCAGCGCAGUCGGCAGUGAAUUACUCAGUGAAGUUUCUGCAGCAACGUCAACAUCUGCUGCGGCGCUGGCAGUGGCGUCAACGCUGGCCGAACGUCGUGCGGUUGUCAGUCGUGAUUUGCGUUUGGAGUUGGCCGAUAGCACGUGCUACGGUGUGGGCGGCACGGGCUUGAGCUUUGGCGCGAGCAGUGCUGCUUGCGUUGGCAGCGGCAGCAGAAAACGCAAAACAAGCGAAAGCAACAACUCGCUGAAGAGCAAGAAAUUUCAUCGUCAUGAUGCUAUGGAUAAAAUUGUCAGUCCAGUGGUGCCACAGCCUGGGGCAUGGAAGCGACCACCGCGUCUACUACAGCCAACGGGAGCACGUAAACCGAAUACGCGUCGAUCGACAUCCUUUAGUGAAACUGAGCAAUUGAGCCCCGUAGAGGAAAUUCCGCCAAAGGCGCUUAUUGAACGUAAGUACUUGGAAGUUAAUUUAUUAUUAUGUCAACCGCUAAUGCUCAUAAUAUUAUCAGUGGAAAUACCUCGAGACGAUACGCCAGAUCUACCGGAGCAUGGAUUGACCAGUCCACUGAGCACUAUAUCAGCCACCACUUCGCAUACAGUUGGGGAAGCUGAGGCCUCAGCUGUGGCUGUAGAUGAGGCAGGCGCAGCGGCUGCGGCAGCGGCAACAGCGACGCAACCUGUAGUUGUGGGUUUGAUGCUGGAGCCAUCUAUAAUACCGCCGCUGGCUGUGAAGUUGCCCAAAUUCCGUGAGGAUGGGCUCAAGUAUCGCUACGGCAAUUUCGAUCGUUAUGUGGACUUUCGUCAGCUCAAUGAAUUUCGCGAUGUUAGACUGCAAGUGUUUGAGCGGCAUGUGGAGUUGUUUCAGAAUAAGGAUAUACUGGACAUUGGCUGCAAUGUGGGCCACAUGACCAUAACAGUGGCGCGACACUUGGCCCCCAAGAGCAUACUGGGCAUAGACAUAGAUCAGGAGCUGGUGGCGCGUGCGCGUCGCAAUUUGUCGAUAUUUGUGCGCAUACCCAAGGAGGAGCGAGCCCUGUUGGAGCUGAAGAAGGAAUCUCCAGCGAGUCAGCAGGCUGAAGUGGAUAAAGUUGAGCCUAAUGAGAGCAACUUGCAUAGGAGGACGCGACGCGGCAAAAAGCGACGCAAGGCCCAUGGUCAUGCUCAUCAUCACCACCAUCAUCAUCAUACUCAUAGUCACUUUGACUUGCAGCAGCAUCAAAAACUGGACGCUUUGCUGGUCAAGCCUCACGAAUUUUUCCCCAUUUCUUUUCCGCUCACAUAUGGCGGCAUACCCCACUUACCGCCCGCCGACAAAUCACCCGCCAGCAGCAGUCUGUCCGGCAAAAACCAAUUCCCGCAAAAUGUAUUCUUUAGACACACCAACUAUGUGCUCAAGGACGAAUCCCUAAUGUCCCACGACACCCAGCAGUACGAUCUCAUCUUGUGUCUAUCGGUAACCAAAUGGAUCCAUUUGAAUUUCGGCGAUGCCGGCCUCAAGCUGGCAUUCAAACGCAUCUUCAAUCAGCUGCGACCGGGUGGCAAACUCAUCCUUGAGGCACAGAACUGGGCGAGCUAUAAGAAGAAACGCAAUUUAACGCCUGAGAUCUACAACAACUACAAGCAAAUUGAAUUCUUUCCAAACAAGUUCCAUGAGUAUUUGCUUGGCCCCGAGGUGGGCUUCAGUCAUAGCUACACGCUGGGCGUGCCACGUCAUAUGAACAAGGGCUUCUGUCGUCCCAUACAGCUUUACGCCAAGGGCGACUAUACGCCGAAUCAUGUGCGCUGGAGCGAUGCGUACUACCCGCAAACACCCUACGAAGCUUAUCGCGGCAUUUAUGCCACCUUGCCGGCGCAUCGAAUGGGCGGCGGUGGCGGCAGCAGCGCGGGCGGCAGUCACAGCGGACACCAUGCGCAGCUGCAUUUGAUGAGCAGCUCGACGCGCUCGCAAACUUAUGAUACUCCGCAUUAUGCUGGCAGCGCUUCGGGUUCGGCGAGCUGCAGGCAGACGCCCAUGUACCAGCAUCAGCAUACCUACAAUCCGCUGGAGACGGACUCGUAUCAGCCCAGCUACGAUAUGGAGUAUCUGAACCAUAUGUAUGUGUUUGCCUCGCCGCUGUAUCAGACGGUUUGGUCGCCGCCCGCGUCGCUGCGCAGGAGCUCCUCGCAUACGCCGGUGUUUGGCAGCGUGCGUGAGGCUGAGCUGGAUGGUGAUGGCAGCAUUGGGGGCGGUGGCAGCGGCGGAGGCAGCUACCAUCGACAUGUCUACCCACCCAAUGACGAGACCUGUUCGCCCAAUGCGAAUGCCUGCAAUGCUUUUAAUUCGAUACGUGACGCUGAUACGGAUGACUCCAAUCAGCUGCCAGGCCUGAGUCGACGUCAUGUGUAUGCCACUAAUUGUGGCGAGAGCUCGUCUUCGCCACAAGUGAAUCAUCAUGAGGCGGCUGGCGAGUUUGUGGAUGCGCUAAUGGAUGAUGAGCAAAAGAGUUUGCCAACGGGCAGCGGCAGUGCCGCCUACUGUGAUUUAUCUGACGCUUAAGCAGGCGCUGACCAGGGGGAACCAAUUGUGUCAAAAGAAGAAAAAUCAUGAAGAAAAAUCAACAAAACAACUAACAAAAUUAUAAUUAAUAUUAAUAUUAUAACUGAGGUCUGUUGCAUAAAAAUUAAUGCUAAAUUCAAAAUCAAAUUUUGUACCGAAUUCGUAGCAGACCUCAACACGUAAACGAGACGCUUAUGAUUUUUGUAAUACAAGUAUAUACAUAAUAUAUAUGUAGUAGGUAUAUAU